UGAUCACCUCCGAACAAAGAUGGCGGACACCAUGGUCGAAAGGAUCCUACACCUCACCCUGGAGAUCAUCUACCUGCUGACCGGAGAGAGAUGUCCUCUUCUGAAGUCAGGUGAUCAUAUGACCAUAACAGUGCCUCCAUGUGACUCCCUAAACCCUGAGAGACACAACAUGCAGAAGAUUCUAGAAGUCACCAAGAAGAUGAUGGAGCUGCUGACAGGAGAGGUCGGUCUGGAAGGAGAUGUGAUGGACGAUCGGCAGUCCCUCUCGUCAUUUGAUCCUCCUGAAGAAGCAACACCUGAUGAGGGAUCUCCGUUCUGUAAAGAAGGGCCCCUGGAAGAACGGAACCGUCCCCACACUGACUUCCCUCCACCCACCGACCUCACCCAGCAUGUAUCUGUUGGUAUCAAGGAGGAACCAGAUUCAUGUCCAGGUGAACUGGUAAUCAGUCAUAUUAUGGAGGCUCCUCUCUUACCUGAGAAGGAAAGUCUUCUACACACCGAGGUCUCGAUGGCUGGAGAUCUCCUACACCUCAAUGUGUUUUCACACCAUACAUCUACUCACGUUAAAGAGGAACUCUUUACUUCUGAUGAAGGACCUCUAGAAGAACUUGAUGUUCCUGCACAAUGUCCAUCAGCUCUUGUUCCUCAGGAGGCCUCCUUGGAAGGUGAAUUGACGGAAGGAGAGGUGAUUUGCUUUAAGUGGAACGUUGUUGGCCUUCAGGAAGAUGACAAAGAAAAAGGACAGAGACAGAUCCUCCCUAAGCCUGGUCACAAUGCUGUGAAUGGAAAGCAGUUUUCCUGCACCGAGUGUGGGAAGUCUUGCCGGAGCAACGCAGACCUUAUCCAGCACAGCCGGGUCCACUCAGGGGAGAGACCUUUCCAGUGUUCAGAGUGUGGGAAACGUUUCAGCCAACAGUCCACCUUAACCAUGCACCACAGGAUCCAUACGGGGCAGAAACCUUACACAUGCACAGAGUGCGGGAAGUGCUUCACCAGCAGGUCCGACCUGACCAAACACAGCAGGUCCCACACCGGACACAAACCAUAUUCAUGUCCUGAGUGCGGGAAAUUUUUUUUCCUCCAGUUCUCACUUCUUCAGGCACAAGAAGAUGCACAUCGGGGACAAACAGUUCAUCUGCUCUGAGUGCGGGAAGAGUUUUCUGACUCGGUCAGAGAUGGUGAUCCAUCAGAGGAUUCAUACGGGAGAAAGGCCGUAUCCUUGCUCUGAAUGUGGCAAAUGUUUCAUCAGCAGCUCUGACCUGGUCAAGCACCAGAGGAGUCACACCGGACUCAAGCCGCACAUCUGCCCCGAAUGCGGCAAAAGUUACGUCAGCCGCUCCGUCCUCACCCGCCACCAGAAGAUCCACCGGGUGGAGAAACGCUUCUUCUGUGCCAAGUGCGGGAUGGGCUUUGUCAGAACGGGGAAGUUUUUGGCCCAUGUCAAAUCCCAUUACCACCCUCGGACGUUGUCACCGCCUCCUAGCUGA